CGGUAGACGGACAGCGUAUCUAGAGGGAAGAAAUGGGAAAUUUCGUGGCAAGCCGUGGUACCAACCUUCUGCUCAUCAUUCUGCUCGCUGGAUUGGUGCUCAACGUGGAUUGUGUCGUUAGGAAAUCGUUUGAAAGAGAAACAGAGGCGACAACAGAAUGCGUAUACAAAGACUAUGUUGCAAUUCUGACGUCGGACCGCACGCAAGUACUGACAGUCUUGCCUCACGGGAAAGGCGUGGCACUGAGUCGUGUGAAAAAUCAUCCAAUCACACUAGACAACUUGUUUAUCAAAAGUGCAACAGGCAAAUCCUCUCAAUAUGUAACAUUUACGGCUUAUGCAAAGAAUCGCAAACUAGCACUUGAUAGCAGAGGAAGUUUGACCGUCCAGAACAACGCAACAACAUUUUUCAUCAUAAGCGUAGGUUACAGUCAAUACUACUUUCGCGCGCUAGCUGGAGAGACCGACGAAUGUCGAGAAGGCGACCAUCUUGUUUCUCCUUACAAGAGUGUGCAAUCUCUCAAACUUGAAAAGUCGGAUUGUACAAAUGUUGCGGGUAGAGAUUCCAGUAGAGAUCUUAUCAAUGUUGAUGAAGAGUACGUUUUCCAUUUGGAGGAUGUGUCUACCAGCCCACUUCUAAGUGAAGAACUAAAAGCACUUUGUUGUUAUUAACUAAUGACAUCAGAGCGGUCCAAACUCGUCGUUCAAUGUGUAGACAUACGUGUUAGUACUCAUCAAUCUGUUUUUGUUAGUUUUUAUAGUUUUCAAUGAUUAGAUAGUUAGUAAUACUGUAGUGUCAGUGGUUUUUCUCUCGUAUACUUAGCUAUACGAGAGUAUCAUUAUAUAUCAUGAUAUUAUUACAUAUAGGGACAACAUGUCUGUCUGUUUGAUGUCUGUA